AUUAUUGGUUGCAAGUCAAUAUCAGCCAGAGUCAAUCCUGGAUACGUUAGUUCCUUAUUUGGCUGGGUCAAGACCGAUCAUAAUUUAUCAUAUCAACAAAGAAGUAUUAGUGAACACUUGCGUUCACAUGCGAAUAUCCGGAAAAUUCCUAAAUCCACAAUUAACAGAGGGUUGGUUACGAGAGUACCAGGUUUUACCAGGUCGAACACACCCUUCAAUGUCAACAAGCGGAGGUGGUGGUUACCUUUUACAAACAAUAUAUACCAGCCAUCGAUCCUCUUCAUGUAACCACCAGGAUCGCCAACUUAUUGAAAUAAAACGGAAAGGCCGACCGAUAACACAAUGUGAUCAUUGUCGCGAACUUCGUAAAACUCAUAAAAUUCAUGUUAAAUGCAAUUGUAAUGAAAGAGCUAGUGAAGUAAUUCAGGAAAGUUCAAAUACGACUUUGAAUGAUGCAUCACCUUUUUCGAAUAGAGUUGGAGAACUGUUGAACCCGUGUCGUUGCACCACAGGUGGUAAAUGUGUUUGUUAUCAUUCAAUUGACGAUGAUUCUUCGAUAAUUGAAGAUCAUUCAAUUGACGAUGAUUCUUCGAUAAUUGAAAGUCAUUGCAAUGCAACGAGUGAAGAUUAUUCUACGAAUUCUUUAUCGUCGAUACAAUCAUAUGAACAACCUAUUAUCCCACAAGAACCCGAAAAUGAUUGUAAGGAACCUAUUCCGCUAGAGCCUGAACAUAAUAAUGUUUUUACAAAUUCUUCUCGAAGCUGUCCUUCCGCAAUGGCAAGCGGAAGCUGUUGUGGCACAUCAACCACUGAAUUAGUGUGUAGAUGUGGUACAGACUGUAGUUGUGAAGGCUGCGGAACUCAUCAUACACUUACGAUAACUCCGUCAAAACCUUUAAAAAAUUGCUGUUCCAAUAAUUUUCAAGUAAUUAAUCGGUAUGAACAUGAAGUGGAUGACGAUGAAGAGUCGAUUGAGAGAGAUGUAACUUCAG